AUAUGAUUUCUCUGGUAAAGCGAAAAAAGAAGCCAUUUUUUUGACGGUAUGAUUGUAUAAAGCACCGUCGGAACACAAUAAGCCGGCGACGGUCGUCACCAUCAAGUCUCCGGGACGUUUAGGAGGAGGGUUUUGUUGCUUUUAAAGCUUCGAUUCAUCAAUUGCUAAAUACUAUACCCGGUGCGAAUCAAAUGCAUGUCAUUCUCAUUAAUCUGAUUCGGAUGAAACCAUAUUAAAGAGAAGAAAAAUGAGCAUCGUACCACAGGAGACAGUUGAGGUCAUAGCACAGAGCAUUGGCAUAAAUAAUUUGUCUCCAGAUGCUGCAUUAGCCCUUGCUCCUGAUGUAGAAUACCGAAUGCGUGAAAUAAUGCAGGAAGCAAUCAAAUGCAUGCAUCAUUCAAAAAGAACCACAUUGACCACAGAUGAUGUAGAUAGCGCACUCAGCAUGAGAAAUGUUGAGCCAAUCUAUGGAUUCACAUCUGGAGAUCCUUUGCGUUUCAAAAGAGCCCUUGGACACAAAGAUUUAUUUUACAUUGAUGACAAAGAUGUGGAUUUUAAAGAUGUAAUUGAAGCUCCAUUACCAAAAGCACCACUCGAUACUUCAAUCUUCUGUCACUGGCUAGCCAUUGAAGGUGUCCAGCCUGCUAUUCCAGAAAAUGCUCCUGUUGAAGUUAUUACCACUUUACCAGACACUAAAAAGCCAGAGCAAAAGAUUGAUGAAUUGCCUGUUGAUAUUCGAUUGCCUGUAAAACAUGUGUUAUCUAGAGAGCUUCAGUUAUACUUCAAUAAAAUCACAGAGCUUGCAGUAAAUACACCUGAUACUGAUCUCUUCAAGGAAGCACUAAUGAGUUUAGCCACAGACUCUGGACUCCAUCCUUUAGUUCCUUACUUCACUUGCUUUAUAGAAGACGAGGUUUCUCGUGGUCUAAAUAAUUUCCACCUGCUUUUUGCUCUAAUGCGACUUGUUUGGAGUCUUUUACAAAACCCACACAUUCAUAUCGAACCUUAUUUGCACCAAUUGAUGCCACCUGUCGUAACGUGUAUUGUUGCUAGAAGAUUAGGAAAUCGAAUUGCUGACAAUCAUUGGGAGCUUAGAGACUUUAGUGCCAAUCUUGUUGCCACUAUAUGUAAAAGGUUUGGGCAUAGUUAUGGUGAUCUUCAGACACGUUUAACAAGAACAUUACAUAAAUCAUUUUCGGAUAGAAAACAAACAUUAACUCAACAUUAUGGUGCUAUUCAAGGACUCACAGCUCUUGGACCCCAUGUGGUUCGGCGCUAUAUUUUACCUGACCUUGAGUCUUAUUUAGGGUUUCUUGAAGAAAUGAUUCUUGAAAAUAAACAAAAGGAAAUAACACGACAUGAAGCUUGGCGUGUGUAUGGUGCAUUAUUGCGUGCUUCGGGUCGAUCUGUAUACAAUCUGCUGAAGCUUUUUCCGGUUUUACCCUCGCAACAUGCGAACAAUGUUUUGAGGUCGAAAUUCAGGGUUAUUGGUACAAGUGAAACACAUAGAGGAAAGGGGAAUGAAGAAGAGGUGGAAGAGAAGGAAAAGGAAAAGGGGGGAUCUCCAAUGGUGGUUGUUACAGAAGAUGUUGAAGGUGAAAUGGAAGGAGAAAGUCCAGGUGUUAAAGGAGGAAGAAGAAAAGGAAAAGGAAAAGGAAAAGGAUUGAGGAGGACGCCUGCGUAUCUGAAUCAAGUGUGGAAAGAUGAUUUGAAUUCAGGGAAACUUGUUGUGUCGUUGUUUGAAUUGUUUGGUGAAGGUAUUAUGUCAUUCAUUCCCUCACCUGAGAUGUCUCUAUUUUUAUGAUAUACUACUUUUUUUUUUUUUUUUUUUUUUUUUGGUGUGUGUGUGUGUGUGUGUGUCCAAUUGUAUUAUGUGGUUAUUAGUUUGGUUAGGAGUUAGGACCUCAUCCGAAGCCAACAAUGUUCUGAUUUCAUGUCAUUUUUUAUUUGAAAAAACGAUAAUAUCAAGUGUAAAAUAUAAAAUAUAGAAAAGUUACCAAACAAAAUUAGACGAUAAAAGGUGAAGGAUUUGGUAUCUUUCCCUCAUUA